ACACUUUCAGCUUUAUCGCGGCCUCCAACUGACGUUCUCGGGCUUUCUACAAAAAAUGCUAUAGAAUAUAAGUUUAUUUGUUACUGAGAAAAUGAAUGCGUCGAAUUCAAGUAACUCCACCGAGCACCACAUGUGGGAACCUGCAGCUCCUGCCGCCCUGCAGUUUGCAUUUGGAGUGAUUGGAAAUGCCAUUGCGCUUGUGGUGCUGAAUUUGUCUUCAAAAAAACAUAAAUGGCGGCCAUUUUACCGACUUGUGUGUGGACUGGCCUUGACGGACGGGGGUGGAGUUUUACUAGUGUACCCCACAGUAAUGAUUCGGUACGCCUCGGACUUUACCUAUGAGUUUCCAAAAGAGCUGUGUGAUUACAGUUCAUUUAUUUACACAUUCACAUUGAUGUCGUCUGCGAUGAUAAUCUGCGCAAUGUCCUUUGACCGAUUUUUUGCUAUCCUCUACCCUUUCAUCUACAACUCGGGAAAUAAAGGACUCCGCGCUAACCUCACCCUUGCCACGAUUUGGAUCACUGGGCUUCUUCUCUCCACUUUACAUCUUAUGGGACUAGGUUCCAGUUACAAUUAUUAUCCGAAAUCAUGGUGUUUUUUAAACUUUAUCGGAGGGACUACGAAAGAUCGGAUAAAUGCGUACAUAUAUUCCGUUUUUGGAUUGCUAAUACUGAUAUCUACAAUAUGUAUAAAUAUCUCAGUGAUUCUGACUGUAUGCAGAAAUAUGAAACGUAUCAAAAACAUGUCGUCAAGACGACGCAUGAUGAGUGACGUGUACAUUAUCGUGUUCUUGCUGGUGAUCGUCAUCGUAUUCACCGCGUGCUGGGCCCCACUCAUGGUUGUGAUAUUUUCGCAUGCUGCGGCUUUACUACAAUCAUCAGGGGAAGGUGGUGAUGGACCACUGGAGUUACUGGUCCUGCGCUUUGCGGUCAACAAUUCCAUCAUCGAUCCAUGGAUCUAUAUUUUACUGAGAAAGGAGAAUCUUUCUCGACUGAGGCGGCUGAAGAGAGGGGUGGAAAUGAGACUUGGAAUCAUCAGCGAGUCUUGUCCGGACAGUGCAACAGGGACUAUGAGCAGAACUACAGAACAGGAGGCACAGACGAGUCAGAAGAAGUCGAGUGAAUAGGGGUCCAUGCAGAAAACACGGGGCUCAGGUCUACGGUCAAAAAGUUUUAAACUUCAGUGUAAAACAAACCAUGACUGGUGCUGUAUUUCUUUAAUGAUGAAAGGUGAAGAUAACGAACAGUGAGGAAUUGCAUAACUACUAUAAGGAAUACAAAAUAAAGAGUUGAGCAAACAGGGACCCUUGGUAAUUUUGUCACAAAAUUUUUAAAUUCAGUGAAUAUUACUCUGUAGUAUAUGUAUUUCAAUAAUAACACCAGUAUUUUAUUAUUUCCAACACUUUUUAUCCUCAAAACAGGCACAUGAAUAUGUGAUUUUGGAUAUAAAAUAAUUAUUGCAAGACAAUCAUUCUUCCUUAAUAUCUAAGGUAGUUUUAUGAGGUUUCUCUUGUUUUUGUACAAAAUGUUUUUAUUAGUCAUUAAUAUAUACAUGCAUGUAUUCCUAUUUCCUAUGCCACUGAGAGAUUUUGAGAGAGAAAAUGGUCGUCAUUAUUUUCACAGCUAAUGCCCCUUUAAGUUUUGUUGAAAUUAACCAUAAUUAAAGUUUAAUUACGUUUAACAUCAUUAUUUGAUAUUCAUUCAUAACACUGAUUUUCUAAUGUUGUAUAUAUAGAAAAACUGCGAACGAUAUUAUUGUUUCGCCGCCUGCACUGGUCAACUUUUGAAGUUAUCAUUUCUAAAUUAUUUUUAUGGCAUUAUAGAUAUUUACAGGUAUAUGAAUUUUCAUAAAAGUUUAUUUAUUUGACAAAACAAAGAGAGAUAACUAUAAUUGGGUUAAAAUCGUAUUUCACUAUAGAAAUCAAUGAAAAACGGAAAAUAUUUUAAAACAUCCCCCGUGAAGCACAAAUUCCUUUUUACAGAUAUUCUAAAUUGUCAUUGAAAAUAGCAAAUUUACACCAAAAUAUUUGUUGUUUCACCGAAGGGGACAUACGCUUACAAACCAACACACGGCGAAAUGUUCAUUCGCAUUUUUUAAAGUUAUCAAAUAAUUUUUUAUAUAAUGAAGAUGAACCGUUUUUUACUCGAUGAUAUAAAGUAAUUUGACUUAAUUAAAUGGUUAUUUAUUUGUUUCAAUAAGCAUUAAAAAAUAUAUGACGUUUUAAAGCCUGAUUUCAAGGAACAGAUUUUGUACACCCUAAUCAAAGGGAGCAAUUAAUUCAUUGACACUGGUAUUAAAGUUAUAAUCAGUUACUAAUGAAUUCUACUUUGCAUUUUUUUUUUUUUAAAUAUCAUUAGCAAAAUUGCAAAGCUUUUUAGAAUAUACGAGUCGAAAAUGUAGGCGGGAAUGCAGAGUUAACGUGCGUAUUUCAUUCUUCCCAUCUGAAUUUGUAUAAUAAUUUGAUUUCGUGAUUAAACUUGUAAUUAAGUUUUAAUUUGAUCCAUGUUCAUCUUAACGUAAUUCCACACUCCUGUGACGUCAUAAGAUUUUGCAAAGUCAAUGAUUUAAUGACUUGAACAUAAAUUUUGUUGGAGUCUUUUUCUAUAGUUAUUUUAAAAAAAUUGUCAGCCAUAAAAUAUUUCAAAAGUCUUAGUUAUAUUUGAAUAGUCAAUGAUAUGUUUCAAAAUAUUGAAUCCAAGGACAAUAACUCCGUUUUCAAUAAAUUAUUUAUCAAGCCCAUUAUGCGAUAGAUUUCCUUUAUUUUUUACAAAUAGUUUACCAAGGUGAUAAGGAAUCAUUAUAUGUGUCUUUGUGAAAUUACAUAAAAUUUUAAUCCACGAGUGAUUUUGAAUAGCUCAGCUGUAUGGUGCCAGACUUCGGUUUUUUAUGGGGGUAUACAUACUCUAGAAGCUAUAAAUUCGAAAUUAUUAAGGAAAGGUAUGGAUUUUUUUCGAUAAAUAACUAUAAUAGAUGAACAUCUACUAAUAUAAACAGAAUAAAUGAUAUGUAAACCAUGCUAUAAGGAAAAUGUGUCCACAUUUAUUCGUUUUUUAACAUUUUGGAGAACAACGCUAAUUCAAUAAUUCUGCACUUAUUAUUCUUAAACUUGAUGAACAUAUUGAAAAUGACAUGUGUUUUAGUUAUUGAAAUGUUUCUUGAUAAAUAAAUGCAAUUAAA